AUGGAAGUCGAUUCUGUCUUCUACACUGAUCGCAGUGGGAGGGUCACCAGUAACCCGUUGCUGGACCAGCUCCCCAGUUACCAGUCCCUGCUGUACCGCAGGAAGUCAUCGUCCAGUGGGUCCAAGCGCAGAGGCAGCUCUCGAGGACGGAUCGGCUCCUCCGGCAGUGGAAAGUGGGCCGUGAAUACUGCCACCAGACAUGAGGACAACCAGAGGACAGAGCAGAGAGCCGUCAGGGAGCUGCCCAAAUGCAUGGAGGACAAACGCAGAGAAAAAGAGCAGCGUCUGGUGGAGGCAAGGAAACUGAGCAGCUGGAGCCAGUGGAGGCAAAGCACACGGAGGUAUCUGAAGAGGCUGAGGCAGGACACGCAGGAGUGGAUGAGCUCGCUGAAGCUGUGGAGAGGAGACAUCCACGCUAUUGAGGGGACGUUUGGAACGGGAAUAUUGUCCUACUUUUCAUUUCUACGUUUUCUGGUCCUCCUCAACUUCAUCAUUUUUUUGCUCAUGUUCAGCUUUGUCAUACUGCCCAUCAUCAUCAUCCCUCACACUUCAGCAAACAAAACCUACAAACAAGAUGACGGUAGUGUGUGCAGUCAGUAUCCCAGCAGUUCUCGUCGAGGCCUUGUCAUUUUUCAUGAGCAUAUCACAGAUCUGCUCUCUGGGGGCGGCUUUUUGGAACAGACGUAUCUCUUCUAUGGUUUUUAUAAAGUGGAUGAAAUCAACUUUCCAAAUUUCAAAUACAACGUCCCUCUGGCCUACUUAUUGGUCACAGUCGCCUAUCUAAUUCUCAGCCUCAUCUGGAUUGUCAAAAGAUCCGCCACAGGUUUUAAGCAGAACUUAGUCCAAGAUGUGGAUCGAUUUCAGAGUUUUUGUAACAAGAUCUUUUCCGGAUGGGACUUCUGUAUCACCAAUGAGAAUGCUGCACGGCUGAAGCGGAGCAGUCUUCUUUAUGAGCUCAGGACUGACUUGGAGGAGGAGAGGAUUAAACAAAAAAUUGCUGACCGUACUCAAAAAGAGAAAUGCAGAAUUUACGUCAUACGCCUCAUAUUGAACCUUUUUGUGAUUGGAGUUCUCGCUGCAUGCUUCUAUAGCAUUUAUGUGGCCACUAUUUUCUCCCAGAAAGCCCAACUGGAUAAUAAAAAGGAGAAUUUCAUUGUGGACCUUAUCUAUGAAUAUCUACCGUCUAUUGUCAUCACUCUGGCGAACUUCAUCACGCCGCUGCUGUUCUCGGUGAUCAUAAACUUUGAGGACUAUUCUCCUGCCUUUGAGAUUCGCUUCACUCUCAUGAGAUGUGUCUUCAUGCGUUUGACGAGUAUUGGAGUUCUGCUAUUCUCUCUCUGGUCUCAAAUCACCAAAUGUAAAGAAGAACCCUGCAUCUGUGGCUACAACCAUCUCCUUUAUUCUUGUUGGGAAACACGUGUUGGCCAGGAGAUGUACAAACUCGCCAUAUUCGACUUCAUCAUAAUUUUUGCUGUCACUGUCUUCGUUGAGUUUCCUCGAAAGCUGAUAGUGCAGCACUGUGACUGUGGACUGGCUAAGUGGGUGGGACAGCAGGAGUUUGCAAUCCCUCAAAAUGUUUUGGAAAUUGUUUAUGGUCAGACAAUUUGCUGGAUCGGCACCUUCUUCUGCCCGAUGUUGCCUGCUGUCUGCACCAUAAAAUACUUCUUUAUUUUCUACAUCAAAAAGGUGUCACUAAUGAACAACUGUCGUCCAGCUACACGUCCAUUCAGAGCAUCAAGUUCCAACUUUUUUUUCCUUGGAGUCCUCUUGAUUGGUCUUGUUUUGGCUUGUCUACCAGUCAUUGUUAGCGUAGCACAGAUUAACUGCUCAAAAGCGUGUGGACCUUUUGUUCGGUACAACACCUCCUGGGAAGUUCUUCCAAAUACAAUUUCAGAACUGCCCGAUGAAGCUCAAAAACUUGUGUAUGCGAUCUCUUCAGAGGCCUUUGCUGUGUGUCUUUUUGUUUUUACUUGUUUGGCAAUGUUCUAUGUAAUUGCACUAGCUGGAGCAUACAAGAGAGUCAUUCAUCAACUGAGAGACCAGUUAAUAUUGGAGGGUCGAGACAAGCGUUUCUUGAUACAGAAACUGUGCCAGUCUCAGAGGUCUUCACCCGUCAAAGCUCCAACCUCCAUCGCUCAGUCUCGCUCAGGCCGGAGCCCCAGCUACCACACCAGCUUUGCUAAUAACUUUAAUGAAGGAGUGUUCCUGGCACAACCUCCUCCUGACUCCUCCACACACGUGUAG